CGAUCAUUGGGGAAGGCAGAGCCUCCCUGGCAUUGCUGGGACCCUGCCUUGAAGAGCCCCCCUGUCCAGUAGACAGAGCUCUGUAGUCUGUCUUCUUGGUCAAUGACUUGGGCUGUCUGACCAGUCCCUCUUCUGUGCCUUGUCUGAGGUCCUUGUCCAUCCCUGAGAUUGGGCAGCUUCUCUCUCUGGGUUGGGUCACCUUAAGCGGGAAACUGAAGCCAUUACUCUCCAAACCCUGUUUCAUCUUCCCAAGCAUGUCGGAAAGCUGGCAGCAGCCACCACAGACGCAGCCGCAGCAGCCACAGCCACCACAACCUCAGCACCAUGCAGAGCCACCACCGGCCCUGGCCGAGCACACGCUGCCCCCGGGCACAGCUGAGAACCCCCUGGGCUGUGCUGUCUAUGGCAUCCUCCUGCAGCCUGACCCAGGCCUGCAGCCCCCACAACAUGCACCUCUACAGGCAGCAGGUGAGCCAGGCCCUAAAUGCGGUGUGUGUGGUCAUGACCUGGCACACCUGUCCAGCCCACACGAGCACCAGUGCCUGGCCGGCCAUGACCGCUCGUUCCAGUGCACACAGUGUCUCAAGAUCUUCCAUCAGGCUACUGACCUGCUGGAGCACCAGUGUGUACAGGCUGAACAGAAGCCCUUUGUCUGCGGCGUCUGCAAAAUGGGCUUCUCACUUCUUACCUCACUGGCGCAGCACCACAGUGCUCACAGUGGCCUUGUGAAAUGCUCCAUCUGUGAGAAGACCUAUAAGCCAGCUGAGGCAGCUGAGCCGGCUACCACGGCUGCCCCAUCACUACCCCCAGCCCCUCCACCAGCUGCUGUCACCCCUGCUGAACAGGCUGACAAGCCCUAUAGUUGCCCCAUCUGCCAGAAGCCCUUCAAGCACCUGUCAGAGCUCUCUCGGCAUGAGCGGAUCCACACAGGUGAAAAGCCCUACAAGUGCACACUGUGUGACAAGAGCUUCAGCCAGUCGUCCCACCUGGUGCAUCACAAGCGCACGCACAGUUCGGAGCGGCCCUACAAAUGCGCAGUCUGUGAGAAGACCUUCAAGCACCGCUCCCACCUGGUGCGCCACAUGUAUGCGCACUCAGGUGAGCACCACCUGUUCCGCUGCAAUGUGUGCGAGUUGCACUUCAAGGAGUCGUCGGAGCUGCUGCAGCACCCAUGCACACCAAGUGGUGAGCGGCCCUUCCGCUGUGGGGAGUGCCAGAAGGCCUUCAAGCGGCCGUCAGACCUGCGGCAGCAUGAGCGCACACACAGCGCCGAGCGACCCUUCAAGUGCGACCUGUGCCCCAUGGGCUUUAAGCAGCAGUAUGCACUGAUGCGGCACCGGCGUACGCACAAGACUGAGGAGCCCUUCAAGUGCGGCCUGUGCGAGAAGGGCUUCGGGCAGCCCAGCCACCUGCUCUACCACCAGCAUGUGCACACCCUCGAGACUCUCUUUAAGUGCCCUGUGUGCCAGAAGGGCUUCGACCAGUCGGCUGAGUUGCUGCGGCACAAGUGCCUGCCGGGCACGGCUGAGCGGCCCUUCAAAUGCCCUGUGUGCAGCAAGGCCUACAAGCGAGCCUCGGCCCUGCAAAAGCACCAGCUGGCCCACUGCGCAGCGGCCGAGAAGCCCCUGCGCUGCACGCUGUGCGAGCGCCGCUUUUUCUCCUCCUCGGAGUUUGUGCAGCAUCGCUGCGACCCGGCCCGUGAGAAACCACUCAAGUGCCCGGACUGCGAGAAGCGCUUCAAGUACGCAUCGGACCUGCAGCGGCACCGGCGGGUGCACACGGGCGAGAAGCCCUACAAGUGCCCCAACUGCGACAAGGCCUUCAAGCAGCGUGAGCAUCUCAACAAGCACCAGGGCGUGCAUGCCCGCGAGCAGCAGUUCAAGUGCGUGUGGUGUGGUGAGCGCUUCCUGGACGUGGCCCUGCUGCAGGAACACAGUGCGCAGCAUAGUGCCGCUGCCGCUGCAGCUGAGGGUGCCUACCAGGUAGCUGCUUGCCUGCCCUGAGUCCAGGCCACGGUCCCUACCACCCUUCCCUGUGUCCACACCAUGGCCCCCACCAGGCCCAGGCCAGCCUAGCCUCCGUCCGCACAGCUGCGUUGCGCCAAGCUCCCCACCCAGCUCAGUGUUCUGAGGCCCUGAGAGUGAGGACAAAAGGGGUACUGGGCAGGUGGUGGUGUGGGUGCUCAGCAGUGGGGAGAACUAGAUUGCUGUGGCUGGUCAUGAUUCCAUAAACCUCUUUGCUAUCACAGGAUUCACUUUCUUGAGAGCCAUCAGCCUCCCUCACCCUUGGGGAACUGGAACCAGGCUGGAAAUCAAAUGGCCUGCCCCAAGGAUGGGGGCUGCCAGCCCAAUCUUCCCAAUCUUUCAACCUAAUUAGAAACCAGUAGGUUAGGAAAGAGGAUGGUCAUGGUAGAGUCUGGGAGAAAGGCCUGUACCCCAGAGGUGGGCUGGGCAUAGGACAUCCCCCUCAAGUUGCUGUUUGGGGAAGAAGGCAGCUUUGUGAUGUAGCCGUAAGGACCAGAGAGGCAGAUGGUUAGCCGCAGUCCUCUGUGUGCUCCAGCCAGGGGCCAUGUGUCCCCCAGGUUUCUGACAGGUGAGAUGUAUAGGAUGGGAGUCUUUGGGCUGAGUCUGCCUGCAGACCAGUCGACCGAGCCAGAAGGGGUGAAUCAGAGAAGUCUUUGUGACACCCCCAGCCAGGGACAGUGCUGUCCUUGGACAAAGGAAGAAAGGCAGCCUGUUUGUGCUGAUGGUUAAUCCCAUGCUUUGGAAGCAUCCCUCCUACUUUUGCAGUGUGGUUCCGACCUGUGGUGGGGAAUGUACUCUCAGCUAGACAGAACUGUUGGUGUUAGACCACACAUGGCUGGGAGGGAGCAGAGCCAAGCCCGUGAUCUCCCUACAGAUGCAAACCAGUGUCCUCCCCCCGAAUUGCGUGCACCAAAGUGUCAGGGGCUCAGGGGCAAGACCCCAAUCAGCUCACCCCAGCCAUGCCUCAGGGCCAAGACCAGGCCUGGGUACCCAAGGUGGGGGAAUGGUCUCUGACUCCACAGUGCCCUCCCAGCCCAUGAGAAUACCCUCCACUUCCCAUCAGUCUGGCUGCUGGCCUGGACCCCAGGAGUCUCAUGCCGCCAAGAUGUCCUGGACAACAUCCAGCUACUUCAAAGGCAAGAGCAUUCUCCUUCGGGUCCUCCUGGAGUCCCCCUAGGUCUCAGGCUGCCCAUGGGGCUCGUGGAACAGAGGGUAUCCAGGGCUUAGGGAAUGGGAGGAGGAAGUGGGUUAAGGAAACCAGCAGGCAGCAUGCCUGGCAGGUGAAAGGAGUCGGUCAACAUCGCUGGACAGACAGGGCUCUCCUUGGGAAGCUGAGAAAGACUUUAUUAUCAAAAUAAUCAUUUUGAACCCAGCUCAGCCCCCUGACCUCUUCUAGCCAGACUGAGUCCCUGGUUGUGUCUCUUGAAAGAAGACGAACCAGUGCACACACCAGGGUCCCAGAGAGGCAGGGGGAUGCUACCUUGCCUCUCUCUCACCUUAAGUCUGAACAGCCACGUCCGCCUAUUCUGACUGGGUUCCCUCUUGUGCCUGCAGAGAGGGACUGGUCCUUCCCCUCGGUGCUGGCUCUCAGUCACGAUGCCUCAAAAGACAUGGAACCCAGGCUUAUAACAGUCUUGACUGCUAAUUUUUUCUUUUCAUUUUGCUUUCUAAAAGCAGUUUGUUAUACUAUUCAUAACACUGUAUAGUUUAAUUUCAUGUCAUUUUGGAUCUUAUAUAAAAAUGUGAGAAUUUGGAUUUUUAAAAAGAAUGACUUCAUUUUAGGUAGCCACUUUUGAUGUUAAUAUAUAGUGAGUCCAAUGUAUGCUUUAGAAGUAAAAACAUUGACCAUCACAGAUCCAA